GCUUGUGCUCAUAAUCUGAUGCCUCUAAGGAGUCCACAAUCCUUAAGGAAAACACAUAGCAAAGAUGUUUUCGAUGACCGAUAAGGAUCUAUCUCCCUCCCUGGCGAAAUCAAACUAACGAUAUACAAAUAUGACAGGUAUGUCACCACCAGUGCAUGAGUGACCGACUGCUCCUCUUGGCAGGAGACAGGUGGCAUAGAAAUCCCUCUCCCUCUUCCCCUUCCUGGCCUCCGUGUCUCGAUUGAUUGACCCAUUCAUCCAUUCAUUCAUUCAUUCACACUUCCAGCACUUUGCCGAAGCCCUCAAGCCAUCUCAGGUACUCCCGCUGCUCCUGACACACACAUGACAAAUCACAGAUGGACAGAAAUAUAAGUCAACGUGCCACCGGCAUUUUGUGGCGGCGCUUCGUGAUCACUGACUUUGUCGACUGCGACGGCAUCGAUGAAGUCGCAGACCUCCUCAGAGAUGCCGAGGGACGCCAACCACUGGUCGAACGCCUCUUGCAGACGCUGAUGGAUGGAUGGAUGGAUGACAAACCGGUGCACAGAACAGACCACCCAGUGACGUGCAGGUAUCCAUGACAGAGCAAAAGUGUGUGUUCGGGUGUUGUUGCCAGCGUACGUCAUCGAGGUCGUCGAAUGACGGCCCGUUGUAAGAGGUCGGGCUCAUCUUCUCUUCCUCGUUGGAGAAAAAACGAAUGUUGCCGAUCAGAAACUGACACCAUACCACACACAACAUACCACGGGAAACGCCGAGGCAGAUCGACCAGCCAGCCUCUCUCUCGACGACGACUCACCCUGUAGUCCUGCUUGCCGGCGUAGGUGCUGCAGUAGAAUGUCAUGCCCUCGCCCUUGCCGCCCUUCUCUAUUGUGAUAGUGAAGUCAGUCACGGCAGCGGCCAUGGGCGGCUCGCUCUCGCCCUGCUGCCCCUCCUUCCCACCCUCCUGGGACGGCUGGGAGGCCUGAAGCUCAUCCCAGUCGGGCGCAUACGGGCUGACGGACGGCACCGACACACAAGCAAGUCCAUCCAUCCAUCCAUCUAUCCAUUGCCUGACUGGUCUCUUAGGUGUGUAUGGUGACACUGUCACAGAGCUACCUUGCGAGUUGGAACUCGACAGUGAUGUCGUAUCCGUUGGCCUUCUUGCUCAGCACCAUGUUGACAUUGCUCUCGGGCUCCUGGAACUUCCACUCAGACGACUUGAGGAAAUUCUGAGUGGCCACGCAUACACACACGCACGGGAGAAUUGGUGCGUGCGGAGUCGGUUCCGUUCCCAGCCGCUGCUCACCUUGAUUAGGUCGGGCUGCUCAUACGACGUCUUUUCGUGCUGGAUCUCCUGCCGCAGCGCCUUGGUCAGGUUGGCUGAGGAAGAUCAGCACACAAUUGCACACAUUCAUCAGGCGCUCAUGAGUGAGCUGCGUUCGUCUUGUUCGUGGGUGCUCACCGGCGACGGAGAAGCACCGGUACGCCGCCCUUCUCGCGAUGAGUGCCUCUGAUCUGCCCAUGGACGGCAUCAUCCCCCGCGCGCCCACCUGCAGGGCGGAUGGCAGAGAUCUGAGGCAGCGGGCAAGUGGCAUGCUGCUCAAAGGUCAGAGUGCAAAGAAUGGAUGGCUGUUUG